AAAAAUAUUAUAGCUUGUUUUGUUUUGAUGCAAUUUUGUAAGCCAAAAUGGAUUGCGUUCUGGAUGAAGAGCUGCUGGCCAAUAUAAAGUGCAGUGACCAGGAGGAUGGAGACGAGGAUGACGAGAAGAUGCAGGUGGAGGAGCAGCUGCCGCCGCCGGAUGCCACAGCUCAAAGUGCCUGCUUCAACGGAGAGGACUCCGAUCCGCUUCAGGAAACCGCGGCCACCUGCAAUUUUCCCUGGAUCUUCCAGGACGCCGAUGUGCUGAUAACAGAGGACCAACUGGCGGACAUGGUGCUGAAGAAGGAGGAGUCCCUCCGGCCAGCUGUCCCCAAGCGGGGCCGUGGACGUCCAGCCUUAAAUUCCGGAAACUACACCUCAUCCUGUGGCCAGCUUUGGAGCGUGUCCAGGGAUCCAGAGGUUUCUGGGGAGGAUCUGCCGCUCUUGGGUCAACAGGCAUGCGGAAAGGGACCAGCCCGCACGGUUUCCAAUGCAGUCGAGGCCUGGAUGCUGCUCUUCGACGACGAAAUGCUGAGAUCUCUGCUGCGCCAUGUCAAUGAACAGAUGCGUAAGCGCAGGACUCCCUCAAUUGUCCCACGACCCCUGGACAUUGUGGAGCUACGGGCAUUCCUGGGCUUGAGCUACCUCAGUGGGGUAUUUCGGAAUGCCCGGUAUAGUGGGCCUCUGGAGGAGCUGUGGACCUUGGAGCUGGGCAAUGCCAUAUUUCGGGCAUCCAUGACACUCGCUCGGUUCGAAAGCAUUUCCGAGUGUCUGGCGGGGAAUUGUGGCUGGGCCGAGGGCCAGAAGCUAUGGCAGCGGCUACUCAUCAACUGUCGAUCGUACUACGGCUGCAGCAGUUGGUUGGCGGUGGAUGAAACGUCCUGCUCGGUGGCCAAGUCGCGCAUGACCCUCUGCUGUGAUGCCAGAACCUUGUACAUGGCCAAUGCCGUGGUCAGCCGGAACCAGCGCUGCCCGGACAAGGAUGUGGAGCAACUCAUCUGCGAUUUCAAGACGACGGGAAGGAAUGUGACGCUGGGAGUACGGCAUCUCAACGUGGCGCAGUGCGAGCAGCUGAUCAAGCGCCAAAUUAGCUCUCUAGGAAUGCUGGAUGCCAGUUCGCCAGAUUGGCCGCGUCAGUGGCACACCGAAUCACCACUGUACAGUGGCGCCUCAAAGCUCAUUCCCCUCGAUGGCGAGGCGGUGUUCUGCUGCGGUCUCAGCUCCCAAGUGGACGCUCUCCAGGCUUAUCAGCAAACCUCGCAUGCCUGUCAGCAGUUCCAUGAAUUGUCGCAGCGUUUCAGCACGGCACACGCCACACCCGCUGCACUUAGAAAACAGGCCAAUCCCUUCCUGCAACUACUCCACUUUGUGCUCAAUGCGGCGGCUGUAAAUGCCUGGAUUCUGCUACGACUUUCGCCCAAAGGCGACGCGGCGAUGGAGCAGCGUGACUUUCAGCGACAGUUGGGACUUUUCCUUACCCAGCAGAGAUUGCAGCGGCGCCUUCAGCGGAGAUCCACCAGCACUUCGCUUGUGAUGCGGCUGCAGAUCUGCGAGAUUCUGGGCCAAUCCAGUCAGCGGCUGCUCAGCGAGGCGACCGGUGAAGCCAAAUUAACGCACAGCGUGGGCGUCUUGACGCCAGACAAAAUGAGCUUGCCGCUGGGCAUCAACUUGGCCAGUCGCUAUGGCGAGAAGCAUCGCAGGUGCAAGCCCUGCGCUCGGAACAAACGCGGCACCAAGUCCCGAACGCGUUGCCAACAGUGUCUGCAACAUCGCUGCGGCAACCACCUGAUAUCUCGCUGCUACGAGUGCGUAGGCAUUCUGCCAGGCCAGCUGCCCGAGGGCAACAUGCGGGACGAAGGCGGCACUUGAACAUGGACAUUAAAUAACAUUUAUUAAA